AUGGAAUUCUUGUCGGUGAAGGAUGACGUUCCCACAGAGGCAGAAUUUGCGGCUUUAACAUAUUUGGAUGUCGUUACGCUGGAUGAUAUCGAGUUCGAGGAACCCACGCCACCAGUCAAAGAUAUACUAGGCGGUGCGGGCACGUAUUCCGCCAUAGGAGCACGUCUUUUCUCUCCCCCUCCUCUGUCCUCUUCCGUUGGCUGGGUGGUCGAUCAAGGAAUCGAUUUCCCCGCCGAGCUUACAACUCUGAUUGAAACGUGGAACACGUCUGCUCUGAUGCGCAAAUCAACUGAACGCCUUACUACGCGAGGCUGGAACGGUUACGAAAACACCGGAAACACAACGAAGCGCGCAUUCAAGUACACCACCCCAAAGAAACGCCUCACGGCCGAAGACCUAACGCCAACGCUGCUUUUCUCUCGCUCGUUCCACCUCAUCUGUUCGCCAACGAGAUGCAGAGAGCUGGUUGCAAAUAUCACGACUUCCAGAAAGGCCUUGUCACCACCAGACUCAUACGUGAAACCAAUCUUCGUCUGGGAGCCAGUCCCCGACCUGUGCACCCCCGAUGAGCUGCUUAACUGCACGAACACACUGCCACUCGUUGAUGUUUGCAGUCCCAACCAUGCAGAGCUUGCAGGCUUCAUGGGUGAUCAUGGCUUGGAUCUGAACACGGGCGAGAUAUCCACUGCGGCCGUGGAACGUUCCUGUGAACAGCUUUUAGCGAGUAUGCCCUUACAGUCGUUUACCCUCGUGGUUCGUGCCGGCGAGAAAGGCUGCUACAUCGCUAGAAAUGGUGGGAGGAAGCGCCAGCCUCGUGCACCUUGUGAUGGUGUCAAGCGUCGGAAGAAGGAUUACACUCGCGGCGGCCUCCGGCCCGACACUGACAUGGAGGCACUCUUCGCAGGCCUGUUACAGGAUGAAGAGGGCACCAUCGCACGUGAAGAAAUCGAGGUCGAUCCUGGCGUCGAGCGCUGGGUACCUGCCUAUCAUCAAGAUGCAUCCUUGGUCGUUGACCCUACUGGAGGGGGCAAUAGCUUUUUAGGUGGGCUUGCGGCGGCCCUGGCCCGAGGCAAGAGUGUAGAGGAGGCUGCUACAUGGGGCAGCGUGUCAGCGAGCUUUGCAAUUGAGCAAGUGGGCAUGCCCAUCCUCGGCAAAGAUGAGCAAGGUAAUGAGACAUGGAAUGGUGUCCGAGUCAGUCAAAGACUCGAGGAAUAUCGGCGUCGUCUACCAGAGUGA